GACUGGCUGACGGAGGGAGGGAGGGAGACCUUGGUAGGUGGAGUCACUGGCCCCGCUUUCCGUUCCAGGUUUUCUUCACCAGCGUUAUAGAUCCGGCCCGAGCCGCGCCUGAUUCCAGCUCCGGUUCUUGCGGACCGCCUCCCUCCCUCUCCAGCUGUUUUACGCAUCUGGCCAGCCGCACCUUCUUUUCGUACAGUUGUAGCAACAGGACUACCAGCGAGUGUCUCUGCUAUCUCCGAAUCUCCCAUGUCCGGGGAAGAGGCGGCCAGGGGCGAUGCAGAUGCCUCCUCAAAAGGUACCGCGACUCCACCAGCAGAGCAGCAGCAGCAGCAACAAGAAGCGGCUGUGCUUCCAGAGGAGGGCAAGGCUGCCGGGGGGACGUCGGGGGCGGCUGCUACAGCGGCUCCCGCUGCCGGCCGCCAGUAUCGGGCGUUGGUGUUGACUGGCUACGGCGGCUACGAGAAAGUGAAGGUCCAGACGCGGCAGCUGCCUACCGCCGAGCCCAGCCCGGGCUCUGGCCAAGUCAGCGUGCAGAUCCGGGCCUGCGGGCUCAACUUCGCAGACCUACUGGCCCGCCAGGGGCUCUACGACAGGCUUCCCCCGCCGCCCGUCAGCCCUGGCAUGGAGGCGGCCGGAACCGUCCUGGCUGUGGGCGAGGGUGUCUCCUCCCCAAAGGUAGGUGAUAAGGUGAUGGUGAUAGCUAGAUCAGGGCUCUGGCAAGAGAUUGUGACAGUCCAAGCCAAUCAGACAUUCCUCAUGCCAGAAGGAAUGAGCUUCGAGGAAGCUGCUGCCUUUCCGGUUAACUACAUCACUGCCUACAUGAUCCUCUUUGACUUUGGCAACCUGCGACCCAACCAGAGCAUCCUUGUCCACAUGGCAGCAGGUGGAGUGGGAACUGCAGCUGUCCAGCUCUGCAAAACUGUGGAAGAUGUCACAGUUUUUGGCACCGCCUCUGCUUCCAAACAUGAUGCCCUCAAGGAGAAUGGUGUCACUCAUCCCAUUGACUACCGGGCAGCUGAUUAUGUGGCAGAAGUCCGGAAAAUCUCCCCCAAAGGUGUAGAUGUUGUGUUGGACCCUUUGGGGGGUUCAGAUACCACAAAAGGCUUUAAUCUCCUAAAGCCAAUGGGCAAACUAGUCACCUAUGGUGUAGCCAACUUGCUAACAGGACAGAGGAAGAACCUGAUGGCCAUGGCAAAGACCUGGUGGAACCAGUUCAGCAUCAAUGCCUUGCAGCUCCUUCAUCUCAACAAGGCUGUUUGUGGCUACAGUCUGGGCUCCCUGGAUGAAGAGGUGGAGCUCAUAAGUGGUGUGAUGACCAAACUAAUUGCCCUCUACAGUCAAGGCAAAAUCAAGCCAAAGGUGGACUCUGUUUGGCCCUUUGAGCAGGUGGUAGAUGCCAUGAAGCAGAUACAAGAGAAGAAAAAUAUUGGGAAAGUCGUGCUGGUUCCUGAAGCACCACCGAAGGAGGAAAUCAAGAAAGCAGAGAACUAAAGUGAAGGGCACGGAUGGAUUGUCUGACCUCAGGUCCUCACGUUGUUGUAUUUUGGGUUGUUGUUUUUUUUAACACCCCCUCCCCCAAUCUGAUCCUUUGAUGGAAGUGGGAAGGGACAUCGAGAUCGCUCACUGUUGUUAACAGAAUAAGUGACACAAAGGCUGAAGAGACAAAUGUAUUGUGGUCUGUAGGUAGGGUUUUUUUUAAAGAUGAUGCAAGCGUCUGAGUUUUACAGAAUCCUCUGGGUGAAACUCUUUAAGAUUGCACCAUCUCUAAAGCAUUGGCUGGUCUAGUUUAAUAAAAAAAAGAGAGAAAUCCCAUUUGAUUCUGACUCUCUGCUCAUGUAGUAUUAAUACUUCGCUCUAUUAAAGGAAUGAUAAGGCAUUAUUUGAAGGUGGAGGUGCACGAGUCACGUGCAUCCACUGAAACUUCCUCUGAUUUCUGGAUCCUUUUUUUUACCUUCUAGGCCACCCACAACUCCACAAAAUUCACACCAAAUUUGCCUCUUGAGUCCUCUUCCCACUCAUGCCCUAUCCUGCCUCUGGUGACUAAUAACUUUAGAGUAUGUAACACUCCCAUUGUUACAGCGAAUAUUGAAAGUUUCCAUAGAAACGGAGCUUCAAAACCUGCCACUUCCGAUGGGCACAUGUAAUAAGUGGAACACAACAGACCUUUGCAGCUUUGCUGUGACAAGAAAAAUGGGGGGGGGAGGAUGAGGAUGGUGCCUCUGCUUCCUCCUGUUAUCUUGAUGCAGCAAAGCCGUUGAUCCUGCUGCCUCUUGAGACAGCCUUAAUGUCCAGAGGCCACACGGGCAACCUUAGCACACUUGAGCCAUUUAAAAACCUGCCUUGGAAAUUGCCAUUAUGUGAAAAAAAGCCAAGAAUUGGCAAUAGAAAGAUCUGGGUUGCUUUUGGUGGAAACCUCAUCUUUUUCAGUUUAAAUGGAUUACAUAGACGCAUAACGGUGCCAAGCAGCUGACUAGCCUGUAAUCUUAAAAAUUGUGCUAUCUCUUGCAGAAUCAACUCUUUUGUCAUGUAAAUGGCAUGUGAUUUGGUGAGGGGCUGCUUUGAUGUUUGAAUGGGGAAACUGUCUAUCUGUAAUAUACACACACUCAGUUUUAACAUUUUGCUCUGUGUCCUUCUGGGCUGGUUGGAGGAAGGGAUGCUUAAACCAUUCCCUCCUGCAACUCUUGAUUGAUGUUUUUCUUUUGAGACCGACCCUCCUUGAAUCUGCAUUCAUACUCCAGCCAUUUUCCAAGAUACAGCUAAAAUGGUUGGGACUAAAUACUGGCUCAUUAUUGCCUUUACAUUUGCAUUGUUUGUCAGGGGUUUGGGGGACAGACAAUAACAUUUAGCAAUUCUCUGCAAUGAACAGAGAAGACUGGAGUCAGAAACAAUCACUCUUGGUUAAUCGUCUUGAUGUGGAAAGAGCCACUCUGCUUCAAUUCCGUCUUUGAAACAGCCAAGCCCCCUUUUUCUCAUUCCGCUCUCUUCCAUAUCACUAAAUUUCCUCAACCUUUUUAGGUCCUCUGUCCACAAAGUGUCUCUCCAUAGUUGAACACAGAUACGGUAAUAAAAAUUGUGCCAGUGCUGAAGUUCUCCUUUUCCCCCCAGAGUUGCUCUACUCUGGGCCAAGCUCUCGUCCUUUUCCUCCUCCUAGUAAGCAGCCUAGGUCUAAGCAAAGGGGCAAGGGGACCCAACUCACUUCCCUAGUCCCCUUCCUUGAUGAUCACAGUUGGCAAAGACACCAUGCCCCUGAGGGUCUUAUUCUGCUUUUUCCUGGCAUAAGGAAACAAUAAAGCCUAUUGGGAAUUGUGGUAGUGAAACGUGUGCCUUUCUGGCAGUUUCUUUCCCCCCUCUGCCCAUCAGUGAGCCCUGUAGCUCAUUUUUGCUUGUUACAAAAGCAUACAUGAGAGCGGAGGCCAACUGUGGAUGGCGUCUUGACUCAUGGACCUUUAGUGCCCUGUCAUUAGUUUAAGGAAUCCUCAGAUCAUAAUCCUUUGCUAUACAGCACUUGUGUGAGAUUCCCACUGUGGAAUAUAACUUAAUACCCCUACAAUGCCUGCCCUUGGCUGCAGUCUCUCAGGCCUUUAGUGCUGCAUGUAGUUCCUGGCAUCUGUCUUUCGUUAUCUGAAUAUUUUUCUCCCCAGCUUAUGGUAGGAAGGGAUAGAGCCUUCUAGAUGUUGUUGGAUUCCAGUUCCCAUCAACCCCAGCCAGCAUGGCCAAUGGCCAGGGAUGAAGAGUGCUGAAGUCCAACAACAUCUGGAGAGCUGCAGGUUCCCCAAACCUUCCUUACAGGUACUGCUGCAGGAGGGCAGGCAUGGAGACUUCACACCUUCGAAGUGUGAGUGCUGUGUCCAUAAAGGCUUUCCCCUCCCAUCCCAAGCAUUCAGCUGCUCAAACAGCUGCUAAUGUAGGUGUUUUAAAGGCACCUUUUAGCUACCCACAUAUACACAAACAUGCCCACUAGUCAUUUCUGUGUGUAACAUAGGCAAGGAGACAUCCUAUGCAGUCAGCCUGGAAGGUAACUUGACCUUAGAAACCAAAAAUCUGGAGGAUUGUUCUAAGCAAAAGAUGGAAAGAGGCAAUUUUGGCAACUAUAUUUUCUUGCUGUGCCUCAUUCCUUUCAUCCUAGAAUGUACUGUCUUUUGGUAUGCAUGAAGUGGUAUAAUUUGGGAGCAUCUUUUCUAGGAAUUCAAACUUAGGGUCACUUAGCACAGGUUAGUUCACCCCUAAACAUCCUUUAAUUUCCCUGUCAUGCUUAGUGGCGGGUAUUGUGGAUUCCAGAUUAAUGCAUAGCAUCCUAGGGGUGGGAGGGACUAAAAGGCCUCCUGCUUCAAAAGGCCAUAGCUCAGUGGUGGAGCACGUGGCUUGUAUGUGGAUGGCCCCAAGUUUAGUCAUUGCUGAAUUUUGUUGAAAAACAGGACAGACCCCUGGCUGUGAACUGCCACUGGUGCUAAAUAGUAUAAGGCAUCUUUAUAUAUAUUUAUAAGGCUGGGCCGUCUGUCUGUCUGUCUAUCUACUUUCCCACAGAUCAAUCUAUGCAGUCCAGACCAAGAUGGGCUGCAAGCAGAGAACUAGUGUACCAGAGAGCAAAUAGAGCUGGGGACUCAUUCAGACUGUGCGUCUGUGUACCCAACAUAGCACUUUCUUCUGCUCCAGGAAUUUUGUAGUAUUCUCUAGCAUGCUUGUGUGGCCCUUCUUUAAGGUUUUUACUUGCAUGUUGACUAUGAAAUAAGUCUGACUGAAUUCAGUGGGAUUUACUCCCAGGUAAGUGUGCAUAGGAUUGCAACCUUGGUCCUAUAGGCCUAUUCAGUUUGAUUAAGCAAGAGAGCUGGAACUCCCAACCCUGCCUUGUGCUAAGUAAAAAAGAAAAACUGCUCCCAAAGCAUGUGUGUCCUCUCUUCCAGCUUCUACAAAGAGUAGGGAACUGAUGCAAAGAUUAAUUAACCCUAUAUAUAUUCCUCCUUUCUCUUGCCUUCCUCAUUGCUGCUGCCUGGUGCCUUAUUCCGGAUGGCAUUCCAAAACUAUUGUGUUCUCAUCCUUUCAAUAUUGCAAGGAAUAUCCUUGCCUUUAAAAGUACUCCUGUGCUGCAUUGUUCCUCCCCAUUUCACCAGUGCCUUGUUCAGACAGUGAGUAAGGUCUGUCUAACCCCAGAAGCCUUUGCCAAACCUAGGUUGUUUAAAAGAUCACCCUUCCCCUUCUCCAGGAACUAGUAUGAAACACCAUAUUUAUGGCUUGUAUUUUACACAAGCAUUGAGGAGGCCUGCACUUUUGGUGUACCUUCGCCCAAGGUGCAUAUAUUCCCAUGUUGCUCUCUGAGAAUGUGAGCUGAACUCUCCUGGAAUCUCGUAUGUGGGGAGCUAUUGGACAUUUUCAGAGUUGUGCCAAGAAAGCCUUUUUACAGUACAAUACUAUGCAGGUCUCCUCAUAAGUAAGUCCUAUUGAGGUCAAUGAGACUUACUCCCAAGUAAAUGUACGUAGGGUUGCGGCCUUAAAUCUUCCAAAGCACCACUUCUGAAUGCUGGUGUGCUCCAGGAAGCUACAAGUAGUGCACAUUUGGCUCAGUUUCUCUUUUGAAUUACAGAUGUGGCAAAUUUGAAUUCUGUUCUCAAGUGUCAUAUGUGAAAGUGUUCAGUGGGUGGAGAAAGGAGCUUCUGUCCCUGAAGGUUAUCCAACUGGUGUUGGAAGAGAGAGGUGAAAAGACAUUUGCCCUAUGUGCAAAUGCACUUGAAAACCAGAAGUCUUAACACAUAGCAACAGCAAGUGAUUGUCCUAUUCCUUUCCUGCAAAUUUUUUUGCAACUCCCUCCCUUGUCACACUAGAGUCUGACAGUUCUGAAUCAUUCCUCGUGAACAGCAAAGGUCUUUCCCUUUGCGAUAGACAUUUAACACAGAUAUGUCUUAGUGCUACUCAGUACCUGAAGUCUUUUUUAAAAUAGAGACAUCCAAUCUUAAAGCACUAUAACUUUGCUCUUUCUUGCCUUGCUGAUUAACACUGUAAUCUUGAAUUUUAUAGCAAGUCCCCCUUAUUUUGUGACUUAAUUGUGAGAGAGUAUGAGUGUGAGUGUGUGUUAAAGACAACUGUUUUUAUGGGUCAUAAGUAUUAAAUAAAGGCCCUUGGCCCUCUUUAAAAGAAGUCAUAAUUUGUUAAAACUGCACCUACUUAACUUCAAGGACCAAAGCAAGUAAAAAAAGCUGUCAUCCAAGUUUUCUUGAAUCCAAAGGGCCAAACAUGUCACAAGUAAAGAAUUUCUGUUUUUCUGUGGAUUUUGUUAUGUUUCAAGGUAGUUGAAAUGCCAUUUGAGCUAAAACUAGGAUGGGGAGUGGUUGGCUAUUACAAAGGGCCAAAAGUUUGAACAGUUCAAGUGAAAGUAUGCCCUUUCCCCCCCUCUCCAGCUCAAUGAGCUUUCAAAAAAUACUGUACCUCAACAACAUUUAACCCCCACCAAUAAGCCACUUCUGGAUGUGAUGAGACUACUAUGCAAAUUUUACUAGAUCAAUUUCACGGGGUUGAAGGGUGUCCUCAGGUGGUGUGAGCGAUUGGCAGCCCCAUGUGAACUGCAGUUUACCACACUUUGAUCUGGCAAAGCCAGUACCAGUUCCCAUCAUGUAAGGAAUCAUUCAGACAACAUAAAUGUGAAAGGGGAGAGGGCAAAGGUGUCUCUGUGUGAUUUUCUUUUUACACUAUGUGCCAAAGUUAACAUCUCCAUUGGACCUCAAUUACUAGAGGUAAGACUCAUUUGAGCAAAGAAAUUCUCAAAAAGAUCCACCUAAUGGUGGUUUUCUUGCAAAAUUUCAGAUUCAGAGUUGCCUAAUGCAAAUUUUUACAUUCCCAAUUAUUGUGUUGGAUAUAGCUGUAUUAGCAGUAGGGUGGGGCAGAACUUGGGUGGUGGGUUGGAAAUGCUGUUUUUCAAUUUGAUAGACACUUUCCUUAAACAGACAAGGACAGAAGACUUAGUAUAAAUUCCCUCCAAAAUUUGCAUAGUUCAUUGUCUUGUCACCCCACCCUCCAAAUUCUAAAGUUUGUUUUGGAUUGUGUUGAACUUGGCUCAUUUAAAAAACAACAGAAUAUUGUAUAAUGACCACUGAGAGAUGGUGGAAAGCUGGAGUCAAAGCGGCCAAGGGAAAUUGGGAAGAUGCAGGGAAAGCCCUACCUGUGUGAAGGCAAGAUAUUUUAUUUGCAUGUUUGUUUUGUGUGGUGUAGUCUUGAAUGACAAGUGAGGAGCAUCCAGGCGUAAGGUCAGCAGGUGUACCAACCACAGCUAGAAUCAGCAGUGGAACCACUACUGUUGCCAAAUGGAUAUCCUUAAAGCCUGGAGUGCUGCUGCUGAGGAAUGGGUAGUUAGUGGCUACAGCAUGCUGUGCAGUCCCCUCACAGUAGGCUGCAGCACCUGCCCCAUCCGCUCCCCUUUUGGUGGUUCAUGAGCAGCUUGUGUGUCCUUAUGGUUCAAGAUGCUUCCUUAAAAGUCUCUCUAUGGUGUUUGAGAAGAAGCUAAUUCUCUUCUGCUUGCGCAUGUGGGUGUGGGUGUGUGUCAAUGAAGCAAAUGUGCCAAUGCUGUUUACACAGAUUCAGACAUGAAAUGCUAAGUCUGCCUAAUGUUACCAUAUGCCUUAUGUGUUUUUUGGGUGUUCAUUAAAAGCAUAACAAAAGAAA